AUGGAGACGUCCCCCCCCACCUCGGAUCUUAACGACUGGGCGUUUGAGGACCCAGAAUUGGAGCCUGAUGGUGACAUGAAUACGCAACCUAGAGAAGAUGGGAUCCCAAGAGUCUAUAUCCCCUUGGAAACCAGGAGGGAGCUUUGCCAGAAGUGGAAGCUCGCCUUGAUCAUCAGAUAUCUAGGUAAAAACAUCAGUUUUAAUGUGCUAAAUAAAAGGCUGCCAACGAUCUGGGGCCUUCAGGAAAAAAUGGAACUUAUCGAUAUUGGAUACGGCUGCUUUGUGGCUCGCUUUAGCAGCAGAAGGGACUAUUUGCAUGUCCUCAUCGAUGGUCCCUGGAAGGUGUUCGAUAACUACCUUGUUGCUCAACGGUGGGUGCCACAGUUUGAUCCAUCUAAGGCUAAGCUUGCAAAAAUGGCCGUUUGGGUGAGGCUGCCCAAACUCUUUGUGGAAUACUUCAGAGAUGACAUCAUUAAGAAGAUUUUGAACAACGUAGGGAAGCCGCUGAAACUCGAUAGAACCACUACAGCUGUGACCAAGGGGAGGUUCGCCAGAGCUGCGGUGGAAAUUGACCUUGACAAACCUUUGGUCUUGGAAAUCUGGGUGAACGAUCUACUCCAUGAGGUGGAGUACGAAGGCCUUCACGUGCUGUGCUUUGGAUGUGGCAUUGUUGGUCAUCGCCAGCAAGCAUGUCCGCACUCAAAAGCACCAUCAACUCCGGCUGACAGCACGAUGGAUCUUAAUGCAGAACCAGUCGUGGAGAAGGAUGUGAUGCCGGACCCGGCUCCAGCGGAGCAGCCACCCCCAACUGAGACCGUUAGGGCCAAAUAUGGUCCGUGGAUGGUGGUGACUCGGAAACGUUCCGUGGAGGCUGCCAAGAAGAAUCAUAAUCAGACCAAAAGCAAGAAUGCAGCACCCCGACCCAAAGGUAACCAAUUCCAAUCCUUGAGUGGAUUGAAGGAAUCGAGUAAGGACAACCGCCAGUCUUCCACUAAAAAUAACCAGAAGAAAAAGAAUGGUGAGAGCGGGAAAGGUAAGUCUUCUAAUCCUGCUCCUUCUCAUCCGUCAACCCCCUCUGUUCAGGGGAUUAGCGUGACACCCAUUCAGAGGGCUGCUCAGGUGGAUCGGGUGACGGCCCAACGUUACUCCGGCCAAGUUGGCGGUGGCCGUGGGGGUUCUCGCACGACCUUCCGCGGCGGUACCAGGAUUGCGGGUAGAAGAGGGACAACUGAUAAUUCUAUCUCCUUUGAUGCUAGUAGUUUUGCGCCGGGCGAGAGUUCUGGCCUUGGAGCCUCUGCUUCAUCCUUCCAGUUUGGGGGCUUGAAUGCCACCUUUACUGGUUUUGGUUUUGGGAACUCGGGUCUUGAAUACCCAGCCGCCAUGGCUUGUUUCACACCUGAAGAAGGUGGUUGCCAAACUUCUCUGCCUACCGAUAUCUCUCAAUGA